AGUACAGAAAGGCGCUUCGUUUCGUCGUAAUAGUACUACUACUCUCUAUUUUCGUACGGCUGGUUAGUAUCAAAAUACGCAGCUUAGGUAAAACUCUCCGAUCAUAAAACGCAUUCGCAAGAAAUGGGUUACGUCGAAAACGAUUUUCUCAGUCCCAAUUCCUGACAUUUGGCAUGGGAAAUGGCAUGAACAAGAUAAUGCCUGGACUAUAUGUUGGUAAUUAUAGAGAUUCUAAGGAUUCUGCUCAACUGGAAAAAUUUAAAAUCACGCAUAUACUGUCCAUUCAUGACGCAGCUAAAAGAGUUUACCCAGACAAACAUUACCUUUGUGUGCUUGCUUCCGAUACUCCAAGUCAAAAUUUAAGUCAAUAUUUUCCCCUAUGUAACGAUUUCAUUCAUGCUGCCCGCUUAAGAGAUGGCAACGUACUAAUUCACUGUUUAGCUGGAAUGUCUCGUAGUGUAACCGUAACAGUAGCUUAUAUAAUGAGUGUAACUACAUUGAAUUGGAAAGAAGCUUUGAAAGUUGUAAGAGUUGGAAGAGCAGUAGCGAAUCCCAAUUCAGGUUUUCAGAAACAGUUGCAAGAUUUUGAAAAUUCUCGAUUGCUAGAGGAGCGUAAAAGACUGAAAGAACGAUUUCCUAGCGUAGCUUUGAUAGAACUAGACGAGCAUCACUGUCAGUCAAUGUUGAAAUCAUACCAAAAAUUGAUCAUUUCCAAACAUAUUUGCGAAGGAAAUUGUUCUAAAGGAGAAACAUGUCCAACUGGAAUAUGCAACUUGCAAACCAACAAGAAAUUGGUAAGAAAAAGUUCCAUGACUGCGAGAACUUCUUCAAUGAAUGCUCCGUCAACAUCUAAAGGCCGAUUAGAUCCAUUCAAAAGGCCUUCAAGUGGUCCAGCAAUUCUCAUGAGUUCAUCAAGUCUACCUCCAUCUCGCGUAAAUUCAGUACAAAGUCUACCAGAUUUGGGUGAUAAUGAAAAACCACAUUUUAUGUCUGCCCCAUCCACACCACAACGAUGUUCAAAUCGUAGAAGUGCGUUUAGUAUACGUAAUAUUGCUCCAAUAGUUGAUUUAGAUGAAAUAAUGCCAUUUGAAGAUAGAUUAAAUGAGUAAAAUUAUACUACUCACUUAAAUAAGUGACAAAUUAAUUCAUGAUUUGAGUGAGUUUGUUUUUUUUUCAAUUUUUAUUUUAAAUCAUGUUUUAUAACUUAAAAAAAAAACAUUAUAUUUACUUGGAAGGUACCUAGAUGGGUGCCCCAUUUUCCUUCAAAUCAACAAAUCAGAUAUUGGAGUGCAAUAUUUUUUUGCCUAGGUAGGUAUUUUAUGUUGAUUACUUCUCAGUUCUCAAAACAAAAAUCAAUGUUUGAUCUCAAAAGCUGCAAUCAAAACGUAAGAUUAAAAUCAAUCAAAUUUUCAAAAAAUGAUAUCAUGAAUAUGAUUUUUAAACUGUUGAUAGACACACAAUUAUUUGCUAUACUAAAGGUUGAUCUUUUUAAUAUGUAGGUAUAGUGUUAGGUACUCUCUAAAAAAUUACACUUUCAAUUCAAAUUAGAUUCUAUAAAAUAUCACAAAACCCACACUGCUAUGCUUCGCAAACAAAAUUUAAAUUUACAUCGGUACAAUUCAACUUGGAGUGUAGGUAAUUUCAACGCAUAGGUAUUAAGACCACAAAUUCUUUUUCUUUGAAUCAGUAGAUGAGGUCUUGAAUUUGUGUAGGUACCUUCGAUUUAGAUUGUAAAGAACAACAGUACCUAUAUGUAUUGUCGAGCUUUUGCAUCAAUUUUUGUUGAAAUUAACUCGGUAGGUAAAGAAUUUCAGAAUUAUUGCGCCCAAGGUGUACUCGCAAUUUCUGUAUGAAAUACUACUACGCUUAGUUAUAAUUUCCAUGUGAAAAGUGAUAGAAUGAUGUGUGUCCAGGCAUCUCUUUUUAGAAAGAUGUACUCAAAUAUUUUUCUUAAAUUAAUUUAAGUUGCUAUUGUAUUGUAUUUAGUAUAAGUAUACUUAGAAUAUGAAUUUUUAUUUAUUUUGGAAUUUUUUAAAAUGCAUUUUAGUCACUAAUAUUUUUAUUUUCCUUUGUUGAUUGAAUUUUGUUGGAUUGUGAUAUGAUUUAUUCAUUAUGAUUAUUUUUUUUUUUUUUUUAGUAAUUUUGAGUGAUUGAAAAAAAAUAUGUGCCUAUUUUCAACGUAGUAUUGAUAUUAUGUAUAUUAUGUACUUGCAGUUAUUUGCUAAAACGUGAAAUUUAGUCACCUCGAUAAAUUUAUUACCUACUCAAUAAUACAUACCUACUUCCUGUGGGGAAGCCAUAAAUAACUCGAUAAAUGUCACAAAAAUGAAGUCGAAAUUCAGUAUCAAGUUUAAUGGAUUUUUAAAAUUUGGUCUGUCAAGCUCAAAAACGAAAAAAAAAAUGAAAUACCUGUACGUUUUAUAAAUCCUACCAUCAUAAACAUCUAAGUACGUAUUCUUGCUGGUACAUACAUACAUACAUACAUAUCUAUCUGCCUACCUGAGUACCUACCUACCAAAAAAAAAUAAUAGUUUCUGAAAUACAUACCUACUCGUAAUUUGCUCGUAAAUUAAAAAAAAAAUGAUUGACCCACUUAAUUACAAAACAAAUGAGCAUAGAUUUAAUGAAAAUUGACGAUUUUGAGCAAUAUUGAGACUAGAAAAUUUUUUAAAUCAAUACAAAAUUGAAAAUAGUGUGUAGGUGACGGUACAUUAUUUCGUGUAGGUAGGUAUGUAGGUGCUUAAUUCACUGUAAUAUGACAAUCUCUGUUGGUGAUUUACUGACGUAAUCACUUGCAGUAAUUAUGUUACCUUUUACCUACGAAAUGCAAUUAGUACGUAUCGUUCGUAAGUCAAAUGUCAAAUUAGAACCCAACUCUGAAAUAGUUCAAACAUGUUCCAUACUUUAUUCAUACUACCUAUUUAAAAAAUGAUUUGUUUAAUUAACUAUACCUACUUAAUUCAAAAUGAAUUGUCUAACUAAAUGUACACAAAAUGCUGUGAGGUCGAUUUGUUUUUGUAUAGAAUUGUUACGCAUCGUUUUUAUGAUACCUACCUAUAGUUAUUUAAUAAUUUUUGUUAAAACGUUGACACUUUUUUAAAAAUGUUUAUUUGAAUUUUUACUUUAUUAGUUGGAAAAAAUAAAUGUUAAUGCAAUAUUU